AUGACGUCUUCGGUUCGCGGGCCUGACGAGGAGGAAUGGUUGUCACACAAGCCAUUCAUCAAGAAAUACUACAUCGAAGAAGGUCGCACACUAAACUGGGUGAGGGAGGAGCUUAUGAAACAGUAUUCGUUUGAUGCUAGCACGGAUCAGCACAAGAGAAAGUUGAAGUCAUGGGGUUUCAUCAAAAACUGUAAAGCUUCUGACUGGCGGGGGGUGGGCAAAGCCAUAAAUCGUCGUGGCUUGAAGCAGGACGCCGCGCAAGUGAAGAUGUACGGUAGAACUGUGAGCAAAGCGAAGGUUGCACGUGGAAUAAGGAGACACGACAUGCCAUCAAUGAAGCGUAAAUGGAGUACAGGCUCAAGUCCAUGGACGCCCGACCAUGUCCUGAUUGCGAAGCCUUCUCCACAGAAUCGGGUGCAUCUCCGGCUUGACCUGCCAGGUUUACGUCUUCUCGAAAGGAUACUGUACCAAUCCAAUUCUUUCGCAAACCACAAAUCUCAACCUAGCUCUCGCCCUGCAGAUAGUUCGGGAUUGAUAGCAACUUCAUACCGUCCCGGCUUCAGAGUAGAGCCUUCAGACAGUGCCGCACAGGCAACUCAGGUCCCAAUAGCCAACUCCUUGAAUUACGAACAGACCAGGCAAGAACAAUCUCAAUAUCCAUCGACUGUCUCUCAUGAAGCAGAGGGUUAUGAUCAUUUCACUGAGCAGUCUCCUUCAACAAUAGUGGCUCCGCUCCUUGCGGAAACUCAUUGUGAGGCCUUUCUUCCACAAGAAUCAGUCCACCUGCUCGACGCGUGCAAGUCACAACUAUGUUCACCAGGACUGGUCGGCGACCUGGCCCUCAUCGGGUAUGCUAUAUAUUUUCUUUCCAACAAUCAUUUAUCCUACAAUCAACUUCGCCCCUUCUUGGACUUCAUGGUCAACAAGCCUCUUUCACAGCUCCGUCACGCUCUGUCCUCAAUCCACUCUCAGUCUUUACAGCCCUUGCUGGACCGCGUCCUGCUUUAUGCCGCAAUGCACGACCGAGUGGAAGUAUUAGAUCUUCUUUGUCAUUACGGAUAUGACCUGAGCAGGACAAUUCGGGGUGAAUUCGAAUCGAAACCCACCACGGCAAUGCACAAAGCUCUCGAGUGUAAAGAUGUUGCCUUUUGCAACAGACUCAUCGAAUUGGGCGUCAAUCUUACGGCAACUCCCCUCCUGGAUGAGUGGGAUGGCAUGGACACUAACAGGAUAGAUUGGACGGGCAAGAUGCCCUAUGAGACGAGUACAAUUUUCUUGGCUGCAGAGCAUCUCCCAGACCUCGUAAUAGCGCAACUUCCGAAUCUUGCACCUUCUCUUGCUGGAAACCUUCUCCCAGUUGCGGUUCAAGCUGGGAUGGAUAUGACCGGAAUUGCUGGACUCCUCUCAAACGGCGCUGAUAUCAAUGGAAUCGACGGUAAACUAUGGACGGCUUUACAUUAUGCUAUAUCUCGAGAGGAUGUGUCGCUGACACAGUAUCUUCUAAACAAUGGCGCCUGUCCUGACGGUCGGAGCAUAAGAAGCAGGAGAACCGGGAGAAGUGUUGUGCCGUUGGAUGCACAUACGUUCUCGGACGACGACUGGCGAUCAUCAUUCCUCUUCACCCCUUUGAUGCUAUCAAUUCAACUCGAAAACUCCAUACUUUGUGAAAUACUCAUCAAAGCUCGUGCUAAUGUAAACUUAUCGAUGGAAGAGCGGUUACUCGAUUUCUUCCUUCAUGACACGCGAGCUCCUUACCAAAGUUACCUUUGCGUUGAAGAUAUCGAUGAUUACGAGGUAAUUGACUUCGGGUUUUGGCCGUGCACCAAGGACUUUUCGUUGAGCAUAUGGGAUGAAGACCAUCAUCCUUUCCGCAUGCGGACAGCCCUAGAACUUGCCGCAGCUCACGGUUCCACUAUGACGCUCGAGAUGCUGUUGCAGAACUGGGCCGACUUAUCGCGAAAUUACACAACUUCGCCACUGGCGUUGUCUGCUGCGUUUGGCCAAGUUCAGGAUGUCCAACUAUUGUUGGAUUAUGGAGUACCUCCCGAGAAUGUUGCAGAUGGAAAGUGUGAACUUUCCCCCUUGCGGGUGGCCUGCCUUCGUGGCCACGCCGAAAUCGUGUCAACACUCAUUGAAGCAGGAGCUUGCGUCGAUGGACCCUGUGAAGGACCAACUCCAUUGCAAUGUGCUGCGUCGAAGGGAAACGUUGACGUUGUAAGAUUAUUGCUGAACAGAGGUGCAGGCCCAGACGCGGCUCCUGAUGAACAUUAUGGAUUUACAGCCCUCCAAGCUGCACUUGACCAUCACCAAACCAAAGUAAUCGACUUCCUCUUGGAGUAUGGGGUCAAUUUAACUGCCCCUGCUGGGUUGGGAAGUGAGUAUGCGGUAUUACGUUCUGCUAUUGAAAUGAGGCACUUAGACCUCUUCAAUGGACUCAUCUGUGCUGGCACUGGUGGCCGUACUGUUGAGUGGAAUGGAGACCAUAAUUGGGACCUUCUUCUGUCAAUGGCUCCAGGAGCAUCCUGCAAUGAUUACUUGUUGUUACUCCAUGGACAAUUCGAUUUCGACCAAAGGUUGCAGAAUGGGCGAACCUUUGCAGAGGAUGCGCUUCUCGAGGCGGCUUCAUGUAGGCGCUAUGAAUGCAUCAAAAUUCUGCUCAGACAAACGCAUAAUUUUAGGCCCGAUAUUCUUACACAAGCCCUCAAUUCAUUGACGCCAUGGUCCUCUGAUCAGUGGGAUGUUGUAAUGGAAUUACUUGAUCGGGGUGGGAAAGUCUGUGGGCGAGAGGGUGAAUCUUCGCCAUUAAUUUUUCAGGCGGAGACUCUCCAGCUUAUGGGAGCUUUAAUUGCGAAGGGGGCGAAUGUCAAUGAGCCCCGAUCCUCUUACAAUUCCGACAGCAUGACAGCAUUGCAACUCGCAGUCGAACGACAAGACAUGCCUAUGGUUGAGUUUCUGCUCGGAAAGGGGGCGGAAAUCAAUGUAGCACCAGGUGGCACGCGGACAGCUCUUCAGAUGGCCAGCUCAAGAGGGAGCAUACCAAUGGUCGAGUUCUUGCUCAGUAAAGGGGCAGAUAUCAAUGCACCACCAGCGCGAGAAUGGGGCCGGACAGCUCUUCAGGAGGCCAGUGAAAACGGGAACAUGUGCAUGCUGAAGUUCUUGCUUAGAAAAGGGGCAAAUAUCAAUGCACCACCUGCGCCGCAUUAUGGGCGGACAGCUCUGCAGGCGGCCAGUGAGAAAGGGAACAGCAUCAUCAUUAAGUUUCUCCUCGAUCAUGGAGCGGACGUAAACGCUCCCGCUUGCAUGAAACGUGGAGUGACUGCACUCCAGGCGGCUUCUAUCCGAGGGUAUAUUGGGAUUGCUGAAGUUCUCCUCCACGCCGGCGCUGACAUAGGUGCACCUGCUGCCCAGGAGGACGGCAGAACUGCGCUCAACGGUGCAGCAGAACAUGGUCGAUUGGACAUGGUGAAGCUUUUGCUCGACAACUAUCGGGUCAAAGAUGGGGAAUCACUGUCCCAGCUUUGUGACGAGGCUACUCAAUACGCGAGGAGAGAGUAUCACUGGGGAGUCGUCGAGCUUCUCGAGAAGUAUCAGCGGCCACCAAACUUCAGUCCGUGA